AUGAGUGGAUCAAAAUCAGAUGAAAACGCUGUUGCAUCAUCCGAACCAGCGGCAUCAUCCAAUUUGCGUCAACCACGAUCACGUAUAGCACAAAAGUAUCUUUUCCUAUGGGUAGAUACUAGUAUUGACGAAACAAACGUAGAUUAUGAAAACACAUUAAAACAAAUAAGAACUACUACUGGUGAUGUCAAUGCUUUUACUCAACGAGAUGCAUGCAUCGACUUUCUUACAGAUGCUCAAGAAGACAUCAGGUUUUAUCUCGUUGUAAAGGAUACUAUGUCUCAACAAAUAAUGCCCCUCAUCAAUGAUAUUCCUCAGCUGGAUGCUGUUUAUGUCCUCAAUAAUAUUAAAAUCUUACAAGAAGAACGGAUAAAAAAAUGCGACAAAAUCAAGAGCCUUCAUACCAACACCGAUGAUCUGUGUCAAGCAUUACAAAUCGGUAUCAAGCAGUUCAAUCAAGACUCAAUAGCUAUAAGUUUUAUCACGAUCGAUGAAAUGGCUUCAACCGAUAAAUUAAAUCAGUUGGAGCCAACAUUUAUGUAUACCCAGCUAUUCAAGGAAAUUCUUCUUGAUAUGGAUCAUGGGGAACAGGCCAUCAAACAGUUUACUACCUAUUGUCGAAAUUCUAACAGCGUAUCACCAAUCAAUAUUGACCGUUUUGAGAAAGAAUACAAUUCUCAAUUAGCUAUUUGGUGGUAUACUUUCCCAUCCGAUAUCUAUUCUAUGCUCAAUUAUGGUCUCCGAACAAUGGAUGCCGAUAUAAUUAUUACUAUGGGUUUUUUUCUACGUGAUGUACAUGAACAAAUUAAACAGUUAUACGAGCAACAAGUCAAUAGUUAUGAAAAAAAACCUUUUUUAGUUUAUCGAGGACAAGGUCUUAUGAAAUCAGACUUUAAAAAACUUCAGAAAACAAAAGGUGGACUUAUGUCAUUUAACAGUUUCUUGUCCACCAGUAAAGAUAAAGAUGUGUCCCUUGGUUUUGCUCAAGGUGCUUCAACAAAAUUGGAUACAAUCGGCAUUCUUUUUAUAAUGUCCAUUGACCCUUAUAUUGAAUCAGCACCAUUUGCUUUCAUCAAAGAAAUGAGUUAUUUUCACGAAGAAGAAGAAAUUCUCUUCUCAAUGCACACCGUCUUUCGAGUAAGUGCAAUUACACAAAUCAAUAAUAAGAAUCAACUUUAUCAAGUUGAAUUACAAUUAACGUCGGAUGAUGAUCCACAACUACGAUUACUUACUGAUCGAAUACGAGAAGAAGCUGGUGGUACCGGAUGGCACAGAUUGAGUGAACUAUUGUUUAAUAUUGGUCAGUUUAAUAAGGCUGAACCCUUGUACACCACAUUACUCGAACAGACAUCUUAUAUAGGUGAACAAGCGCAUUAUUAUAAUCGGCUUGGGGCUAUCUAUUUAAAUCAAGGCGAUUAUGAAAAGGCUAUUCCGUACUGCGAACAAGGACUUGAAAUUGAUCAAAAAAUUCUCCCUUCAGAUCCUCGUCAUUUAGCCACUUCAUACAACAACAUCGGCAGUAUGUAUGAGCAUAUGGGAGA